AGAGACCAAAGAUUCGAGGACUGUGUAAGAUGAAUGGUAUGCUCAAGUCGAUUGUAGUGAUUCGUUUUUAUUCCAGUGGUCGGUUCAUUUCUCUACAUAAACAUCCAUUAUCUCGGACAUCGGUCCGCUUUCUGCUGAGCCAGUUGUAGCCGAGGCUGAGGGGUGCAAAUAAGCUUAAAUCUGAUCUUGACAUCUGAUCGUCUACAGUUGAGGAAUUUUGUGCUCUCAACAACGUCAAUUCCUGCAAGAUGAUUACACCUGUACUUCGCAAGCAGCUUUUGCAGAGCACAAAGCAUGCAAGAUCCAUCAGUUCAAGCCCAAUUGUUGCAGCACAGGAAGUUAAACGACUCGGCGUCAUAGGAGCCGGACAGAUGGGCCUUGGAAUAGCGUUAGUAGCUGCACAGAAAGCGGGAGUUCCUGUGACUUUAGUUGAUACUAGUCAAGCAUCAAUCGACAAAGGGUUGAAGUUCGCAGACAAGCUGCUGGCCAAAGAUGUCUCGAAAGAACGAAUUACACAAGAACAAUCAGAUAAGAUUCGAUCACUACUUACUCCUUAUACCUCAAUGGACGCUCUGUCCGAGGUUGACUUUGUUAUCGAAGCUGUUCCCGAAAUCCCUUCGUUGAAAAUGUCCAUCUUCGAAAACCUCGCCCAGAUAUGCCCACCACAUGCGAUACUCGCCACGAAUACAUCAUCGAUAUCAAUAACAAAGAUAGCAGCAGCUACAACGAAAGACCCGAAGGAUACAUCUGCAUCAUCCCGAGUCAUCUCUACACAUUUCAUGAACCCGGUGCCAAUACAGAAGGGCGUGGAGAUCAUAACCGGUCUGCAAACGAGCCAAGAAACUAUUGAUACAGCCAUUGCAUUUUGCAAAGCGAUGGGCAAGAUCCCCUCACAAUCUGCAGAUUCGCCAGGAUUCCUAGCGAACCGGAUCCUCAUGCCAUACAUCAACGAAGCGAUCAUCUGCUUAGAGACUGGUGUAGGAGGAAGAGACGACAUUGAUGCAAUCAUGAAGAACGGCACCAACGUCCCGAUGGGGCCAUUGCAGCUAGCGGAUUUCAUCGGCAUCGACACCUGCUUAGCCAUCAUGAAAGUCCUGUACGAGGAAACAGGCGAUUCGAAGUACCGACCUAGCGUGCUAUUGCGCAAGAUGGUGGAUGCAGGAUGGCUGGGGAAGAAGAGCGGUAAAGGAUUUUAUGAUUAUUAGGAGCUGAAACUUGUGCAGUUAGCGAAUAGUACAAUGCAAUGGUUGCAUUCGCUUGCACGUUUUCUUCUGACUGUGCUGCAUAAUAAGCUUUUGUUUCUUGCUCCCAAAAGCGAGGUUAUCAAGACGACAUACAGCAGCAAUCUUGCAGCCAGAUUAUUGCAUUGAUCCGGCCCACUGUGUGCAUUUUUUGUUGCACAUCGCUCUGAAAUGUCCGAGCACAUACUAACUAUUAGUGCUCACCUCUGAAGUAGCCAAAGCUCAAAGAUUGGGUACUGUAGAAUGUCCAGAAU